UGAUGGAAAAUUACAGCAGAUAUCCUUGUUUAGACUGGUCCUUCUUUUCCACAUUGUUAUUGUUCUACCUCAAAGAGAAAGUAGCAUCUAGUGGCCAGUGAAGACCUGUAGGUCAGGAGCUAUGGGAUUGAAAUAGUUAAAAUUCAUUAAAGUUAAAAAUUUAGCUCCUCAGCUGCAAAUAGCCACAGUUCAAAUAUUAACAUCCAUGUAUGGCUAGUGGCUAGUGUGAUGGGCAACAUUGCCGGAACAUUUGAUGGUCACAGAGAGUUCUUUUGGACAGCUCUACUCCUGAGUCAAACUCAGUGAAUUCAAGUUAUAUCUUUAACACGACUGUCUGCCUGACUUGGAACAAGGAAUUGUAUCUUUCUGUACCUUGGUUUUAUCAUCCAUAAAACAAGAUUGUCAGUACUGGUAUCUUAUUUCUCCUCAUAUCUAGCAUCUGCUGUGAAGCCUUAAGGACAGUUAGCAUUUAAUAAGUGCUUUUUUCAUCAGAGUUCAACUAAAAUUCUGAAGAACUAUUUAUUUAUUUAUUUAUUAUUUUAGUGAGAAUUGUAGGAUUGGGAUUUUUCUGAUCUCUGUUUUCUUAGACUACAAAAAAAUAGACUUAUGAUUAAUGGGGAAAAUAAAGUCAGAAAUGGAUGAGUCAAAAUGGAUGGUCACUUCACCUAUCAGGAAGAAAGAGGGAGGUAAGAAAGGGAAGAGAGAGGAGAGAAACCUGAAUUGAUAAAUCCUGCGAGAGAUAGAGCAAAGACAAAUUUCCCCUACAUCAGCAUUUUACCAUAGGCAGGUCCUGAAGCCCAGGAUGUAAUUAUCUUGGCUAGAACUCCUGUGCUAGAGUAAACAGAAAUCUGAGUGUGUCAACAAAUUAUUUAAUUAAACAGAGUAGGUGGCAAUGUGAAGGCAAAAUUAUAAUGUGCAGUAAGAUAAUGUGAUUGAAAGCUUCAGUUGUGAUGGAAUGGAGGGAAUAAGACAUAGGAAGAAAAAUUAUACAAUUCUGGGGACCUGACCACAGACUUGGUUAGCCAAUGUGAAAAAUGAAAUGAGAAAUAAAAUUAGGAAAAUGGAAUUGUAUCAUCCAAGAAAACAUUUAUUUGGAUCCACCCCUCAAGUUUAAACAUAAAUUUAAAAGCAAUCAAGAUUAAGCCAUGGUUUUAAGUGAGCCAAGGGUCAGAAGGAGGACUGAAAGCAGCAUUUAAAAGGGUCUCAGGAUUUGUGCCAUCAGCAUAAAAGUGGUAGUUACAAUUAAAAACAGAAGUGAAAUGACUGAGACGUAUACAAACUAGAAAUGAACAGAUGGCCAAGGCAUUCAGCUUGCUGGGGUGCAAAAGCUGGAUAUAUUUUAUAUUUCAUUCCAAGUUAACAAAUAUUAGGACAUUAAAAUGCAUGAAACAUGGUGUAGAGCCCAUCUUGCCAUAUUUUUAUUACCAAGUUAGAAAGAAUUAGACUGCAUGGAAUGGAUGCAAAUGCUUCAGCCUCAGCAAAUGCUGAGUCAGGGGAGAUCAGGAAGGGCAGCUGGAUUUCUGUUCUCUAAAGAAGAGCCUGGUCAAUUGUAUCCUAAGCCCUCUUUGUUUCUGCAGGCCUAAGUGGCCACUCACUUCCAAAAAGACGAUCAGACUGCUGGAUGACACUUUCAUUACAGGUGGCAGUAGCACUCAGUGGUGAUUACACAUGGAAGACAUUUUUACUUGACUUCAGUUUGUCACUUACCCUAAGCAAUCCUUACUACAAGGUAAGCUUGCUGUGAUCAAUAGACUAUUGAUCAUACCAGACUGUCAUUAAGAGGCCUAUUUUCAAACAUUUCCUGUUAAGCCUGGAGCUUUCUACAUAGGUGGCUGAGGCCACAAGGUUUUUUCAUGGGUUCAUAAAUGUAUUGCUGAAGGAACAGUAUAUGAUUAAAGUCAAUGGCCUCUCCUAAACUUCCUUGUUUGACCUCAGCCUUUAUCUAGGGUUCUGUAAUCAGACUAUGACUCUGAUUCCCUAGUGGAAAACUUGUCAAGUAACUUUGUUCAUGAUUGUCAAAUUCUGGGUUACUAGAUUCUCUUUUCUGUCUUCAGAAAUAUAUAUCAACAUAUCCCUGAAAAUGAAGAGAAAUUUCUGCCUCUUCACUUAUCUUUUCAUUUUUCCUGAAUCAAGAUUUCAUUCUAUUCUUUUAUUCAUUCAUUUAAUCUAUAUUUUUAUAUUGAUCCAGGUACUGAUUCAGUAACUAGAAAUAAAAUGGUCUCUGCUCUUUUGUUUAAAAUAGACCAACUUUCUUGCAUCCUGUUUAUUAACCCAGAUUCCUUUUAAUAAGAUCUAAAUGUGGUGGAGAACAUCCAGUUCUAACAUUUGUGAAGGUUGCAACUUCAUACAUAAAGACAUAUCCAAGAGAAUAUGUGCCAUUCCCUUAUCUCUACCCUAUUACCUGCUCCAAAUUACAUUCUGGAAAAUAUUAUACACAAAAAGGAAAUGCCUGUGAGCAACAAUACUUUGAUCUCAGGCUGUGGGGUCACUGGAAAAAAAACUAUUAGCUUCCUCUAGUAUCUCAUGAAGAUCUGGAAGGGACACCAUCUUUGACCAAAGAGAAGAAAACAAGAUUGUAUAUAGUCAUAUGUUAAAUAAUUUUAUUGUUUUAUAUGGACAUGCGUAAAGAUAUAGUUAUAUACAAACUAAUUUUAUGUCAUAUAUGUAUAGUUUACCUAUAUGCAAAAACAAUAGAAAAUAACAUAUUUUAAAAUAUGGUCAGGACAACCCUCAGUAUAACCAUGUGUAUUAUUCAGCUUUCCUUUGCUGUGAUAAAAUACUUAAAAUAAUCAGCUGAUAAGGAGAGUGAUUUAUUUUAGCUCACAAUUUUGGAGGUUUCAGUCCUUGGUCAGUUGUCCCACUGCUUUUGGGCCGGUGACAAGGCAGAACAUCAUGGUGAGGAGCACAUGGUAGAUUGGGUAAAGCUUCUCACUUCAUGGCAGCCAGAAAAAAAGAGAGAGAAAAAGAGUGGAAGGGACUUGGAUUCCAACAUUUCCUUCAAGAGCAUAUCCCCAGUGACUUUCUGUUAUGGUUUGGAUGUGAGGUAUCCUCCAAGAGCUCACAUGUGAGACAAUGCAAGAAGUUCAGAGGAGAAAUGAUUGUGUUGUGAAACUCUUAAUCAAUCAGUGGAUUAAUCCCCGGAUAGGGUUUAGCUGAGUGGUAACUGAAAUGCUAGUGUUUGGCUGGAGGAGGUGGGAAUUGGGGCGUGGCUUUGGGGCUAUAUAUGUGUAUUUGGCCAGUGGAGUCUCUCUCUUGCUCCUGAUUGUCAUGUGAGCCACUUCCCUCUGCCACGCUCCUCUGCCAUGAUGUUCUGCUUCACUUCGAGCCAGAAGGAAUGGAGCCUGCUGUCUAUGGAUUGAGACCUCUGAAACCAACCAACAAAAAUAAAGAUAUGGCCUCUUUAUAUUUUAAAUAUCUUUUGGGAAAGAGCUUCAUUAGACAUUACCCUUUAUGGAUUAGAGUAUCUUUGUCAGAACUGGAUUUUUGAAAUUUUCCUCACCAGGGAUCACAGAAAGAACAAGACAAUAUUGCACCAUCAAUGUUGUAUUGGCUUUUCAUCACUGUGGAAAAACAUCUGAAGACAGUAAACUAAAGAAAGAAAAAUUAAUUUCUGGCUCACUGUUUCAGAAGUCUUAGUCCAAGUUUGCUUGACUGUAUUGCUUUUGGGUCUGAGCUCCUCUUUGAAGAGAUCAAAAAUAGCACAUUCAUCAAAAGCACUGCAGUCAGAGCCCAGAGGAGAGGACGCAAGACUGGGACCAGGGGGCCAGGCUAGAGACCCUACUCCAGGCCCUUGGAAUAUUCCAGUGAACAAAUCAGAAGAAAACUGCUGUCGUGAAGGUCAGUUGACAGGGAAUAGAGAAGAAGAGAGCAGACGAGGAAAGCGGCACAAGACAGCAGUUAGGGGUCCAGUCCCUGAGGAAAGAAAAGUGAACUCUUUCCAAGAUGAAAGACCCACAAAGCAUUCAGGAAGCUUCAGAGGCCCUGAACAGAGAAGUUCAAAGGCAGGAAGAUAAAAUGGAGAAAGAAGAGAAAAAAGAAGACAAAUUUAAAACUACUCUAAUAAAACAGCAUUCUUCAAUACAGUUUUUAUCAAAUACCACAGAUUCAGAUACUACAACAUUGCUAUUGUCACGGUCAUUAUCCCAUGAAAUUCCUCUCAGUUACUAUGUGUCUAGUUCUCAGAUUAGUGGAGUAAACAUAUCCAUGAUGGGACCAAUGGCUUCUAAAUCUACUGUAAUCAGCUUUUCCCAAGAAGACAACAUGGAUUCUUUGAAAGAAAUCAACUCCUUCCUAUUUCCCAAGAAAAAGGGGCUGUCAAACUUUGAAUCCCAAUCAUCUGUGAUCGGUGAAGGAGAGGAUUACUUCUUUUCUUUGUUUCGUGAUUCCAAUAAAUUUCUUGACAAUUCACACCACACCAGAGAUAUUUUCAAACGCCUUUCUAUGAUUCUUGAAGAAGUUGGGACCUCUAUGUGCAGUUCUCUUGGAGACAUUGAAAUAGCUGAAGUGAAUGCCCAGGGUUUGUUUGUGAGGCUCCUUAACUCUUCCCCUGACAAGGAACUGGAGAUUGGAGAUCAUAUUCUCCAGCAGAAUGUGAAGGGACAAGCAGUUUCUUUGUACCAGUUCCUUCCCAAUAUUGUCAUGCAGGCCAAUUCCACGGUGACGGUGUGGGCAGCAGCAUCUGAAGCGAAGCAUCAUCCACCAUCAGACUUUGUUUGGAAGGAACAAAACAAAUUUAAAACAAGUCCAGAUUGUACAACGAUCCUGUGCAAACCCAAUGGGGAAGCUAUUGCUUGGUACACUCCUAUUCACUGGAAGCAAGCAUGGGAAAAAUUGGAGACUGACAUUGAAUUUGACAGAUGUUCAGUCGUAACUCCAACAUUCAGAAAGCAUGUUUUUCAGUGGACCACACCUGCAGCUGCAGUAACUAAAGAAAACCAAGAUCAAUCUAAGGGAGAUACCUCAACAUGUCUAGUAGAACAAAGUCCACCUUUUAUUAAGAGAGAAAAGGAAAUCCCACCGAGUCUUUUCCCCAAUAGAAGCCCUUGGGGCCACAGUCCCUCUGUUCCUGCACAUCCUUACUGUCCCCUGAUUGACCCGUACAACAUGUGCACUACUGGAAGCAACUUGGAGAGACAGCCCAGGUGUCAGUCAACCAGACCUGAUCCAGCCCCAGGGACCAAGAAAAAAAGGAAAUCUAAGUUACAAAAGCAAUAAACAACCAACUCAAACUUUAAAGGACACCAAGAGGAUACCUGGCAUGUCACAGCCAGCCUUCAUCAUGCAAGAGAGGUAGCCAGCAGCCAGCAAGAAAAUGAUUUGUUUCAGAAAAGAUAAGAAAUGUGAUCAUUUUUUAAAGAAGGGAGGUAAAGUUAGUUUGUUUUUCUAAGCAGUUGAGAACAAGAUCAUUGAUCAAAAGCAAACCAGAAUGGUCUUCAUUUUGUUCACAUGAAGCUUACCAUGUAAUUUUAGUCUUUUAUACCCUGUCCAACUGUUAGAUCUACAACUUCUGCUAUUUCUACAGGUGCAUUUUCCAAUGCGUAGUGUAUCAGGAAUUACGAAUCUUGUGCCCAGAUAUUCUAUACAAUUGGAAACUAUCUCAUUGAAGUGUGGAUUAGUUCAGCUUUCUAAUUCUUAGAGACUAACAAUGAGUGAAAUUCUAAUACAUACUACAACAUGGAUAAUCUCUACAAUGAGUGAAACUUCUAUGGAGUAACAAAUUGGAACUUUGUUAACCUUUCCACAGUUAUCUCAAAUUCAGCCAAAACAGUGUCACCUUCCAUCUUAUAAUACCAGAUAAAAAAAAUCCCACAGAUGGGAAAUGAGAAAGGAACAAAAAAUAUUUUAAUCAAAUAAUGGGAUGGAACUAUUUUUUAACCAUUAUUUUUUCUUUAUUCUAUAGCUAUCUUAUUCUAGGCCUAUCUAUAGUGUGGAAGUUGAAAAAAAUAAUGGAAUAUUCAAUUAUUAACUUUGAUCCUGUAUGUAGUCAGAAAGUAUGAUUGCUUCCGAUUCUGAGAAGAUACCCCUUUUAAAUUGAUUUAUGUGUAUUUGUAUAGCAUAUGCAGGAAGAUGGGGUGCCUGCUAUCUUGUGAUAUGAGAAGGAAGACAGAGUGAAAAUUUUUCCCCAGAUAUCUGCUUUAAAAAAUAAAGAGUAAAAUAACCCAAAACUUUGUUAGUAUUGACCACGAAUAGAAACUCACUGAGUUUUAUGGUUCAUUUUUUCCAACUAUCAAGAGCUAAAAAAUUACUUACUUAAAAAGAUAUGUCAAGGGAUUCUAACAAAUAUGUGAACACUAAUGUUCGUAGAGUAUUAUUCACAAUAAACACAAGGUAAAACCAAUCUGAGGGUCCAUCUUCAGAUGAGUGGACCUUUUGAAAUAUGGACUACAUUGCAAGGAAUGUUAUUCAAACCUAAAGAAUGAAAUUCUAAUACAUACUACAACAUGGAUAAAUCUUGAAAACUUUAUGCUCAAUGAAAUAAGCCAGACACACACAAAAAAAAAACUCAAAUAUUGUAUGCUUUUACUUAUCUCAAUAAGAAAAUUUAUAGAGAUAGGAACCAUGAUAGAGUUUGCCAGGGAUGUGGGGCAGCAGGAAGAGUGGGAUGACAAAAACAAAUCCUGGAAAUAGGUGAUGGUUGCCCAACAUUGUGAAAGUACUUAAUGCCAUUGAACUGAACAUUUGAAAAUAAUUAAAAUGAGUUUUUAAAAAGCCUCUAAUAAAAUCUGACUAGCAUUUCCAAGAUGAAAAAAAGAAGUCAUCUUCCAAUUUAAAGCAUCUAACAAUACAUCCAUUGCUUGACAAAAUAAUUUAUCAUGUACAUUUUAUUCUAAUAUAAAAGAGAUUCACAUAAGUACCUGUGUGAUGAUGCAGAAUAUUUUCUAGCUGCUGGGCUGUCCAGAUCACAUUAGCUCUUCAUUCUUGAGACAUUCAGGGAUAGACUUGUACAUUUGGGGGAAACUGUCAAUCAACCUGUAUGCCUCUUUGUGCCAUUAAGUGUUGUCUUUGAAUCAUGUGUUGGUUAACAUAUGUAGUUGUUCUUUUUCAUGGUUACCAUAGAAACUGGGUAGUCAUGAUGUUUUGAAAAGACUAGCAGAGAAUGUAAGAAUGUACAAUAAAAGUUAACUUGUU